AUGAAAGCUACGAUCAAAGAACUACAAGAGAAGUUCCCGGAAUUUUCUAACACAUAUACGAUUGUUAUCGGCGACCUGAGUGUCUGGAAACAUCUUCCUAAGGGACGGCGAACGGCGGACGUUGAUUUACUGACCUCUAUCCCUGGAGCGCCGCAAAUUGUGAAGCAGAAGCUGCUCGGUGUCCCAGGAACCCCCUUUACCCAGCAGUCACAGUACUUUUUGUGGAGGCACCCUGAGGGAAAGAAUAUUCAGGUAGACUUUCCACCAUCAUGGCAGUUCCCCUUUUUGCCUUCUGGAGCCCUGCGCCUCGGCCAGGACAGGCUGCCCGAUCUUCCGCACGCAACUCCCGAGGACCUACUAGCCUUGAAAAUCAAUAGCUCUGGGCUGCGCGCUACGAUUGAAAAAAGAACGGUAGAUGCCGCAGAUGCUGAUGCUCUUGCUGAGAUGCUUCUGGGCAGGGGGCCCAUUGUCCUCACUGCAGAAGAGCCAUCGAUCAUCUUUUUAUCGGAAGCUGAACGCAUCACUCUCUUGCGCGGAGCUGGCAGCACUUACAAUGCACGCUGA